AAGCCACUGAACUCGGCUGCCAGAUCUGGCCCUCCUCCGUGGCUGCCUAAGCCGCUGCGUGAUUGGAUUAGAGCGGAGUAGCCUUUCCCCUCUAACCCCGGUGAUGUUGGCUGGCUGCUUCCUGCUCUCUUCGCUUGCGCUGACCGACCGACGAAGCCUUCCGAAGCCGCACGGCGAAGCGUCCUGAACAGCCAGCCAGGACGGACCGUUGCUAACAGCGAAACCCGCACAUCUUGACACUCAAGACAAAAAAAAACAGUCCGCGAUGAGGAGGAAAUCGAGAAUACAGUUGUGUUUUGCAGUGCUAUGGGUUUUGGGAAUAGCCUAUUACUUCUACUCGGGGACAUCGUUGAGUCGAAAGUUGUGGCAGGAUGACUGGGGCAGCAACGACUCCUCCAGCCACAGGCAGGCUGGCAACUCUGAAGACAAGGCGAGUCAGGAGACUCUACCUCCAGGUAAGGUCCGCUGGCAGGACUUUGACCAGGACCUGUAUGUGGGGGCCACGGUGGUGCGGCCAGGCCAGGACCCCUACGCCAGGAACAAGUUCAACCAGCUGGAGAGCGACAAGCUCCGCAUGGACCGGGCCGUACCGGACACCCGGCACGACAACUGUAAGCACAGCAAGUGGAAGUCGGAGCUGCCGGCGUCCAGUGUGGUCAUCACCUUCCACAACGAGGCUCGCUCCGCCCUGCUGCGGACCAUCGUCAGCGUGCUGAAGAAGAGCCCCGUCCACUUGGUGAAGGAGAUCAUCCUGGUGGAUGAUUACAGUGACAACCCUGAGGACGGAGCGCUGCUGGGGAAGAUGGAGAAGGUGCGCGUGUUGAGAAAUGACCGCAGGGAAGGUCUGAUGCGUUCCCGGGUGCGAGGAGCGGACGCGGCCACCGCCUCAGUGCUCACCUUCCUGGACUCCCACUGUGAAUGCAACGACCACUGGCUCGAGCCCCUGCUGGAGAGGGUGGCUGAGGACAAGACGAGGGUGGUGUCGCCCAUCAUCGAUGUCAUCAACAUGGACAACUUUCAGUACGUGGGAGCCUCGGCCGAUCUGAAAGGAGGAUUUGACUGGAACCUGGUGUUCAAGUGGGACUACAUGACCCCGGAGCAGAGGAGAGCCAGACAAAGCAACCCCAUUGCCCCCAUCAAGACGCCGAUGAUCGCGGGCGGGCUGUUUGUGAUGGAUAAGGACUAUUUUGAGCUGCUGGGGAAGUAUGACAUGAUGAUGGACGUUUGGGGCGGAGAAAACCUGGAGAUCUCGUUCCGAGUGUGGCAGUGCGGUGGCAGCCUGGAGAUCAUCCCCUGCAGUCGGGUGGGCCACGUCUUCAGGAAGCAGCACCCAUACACCUUCCCCGGGGGCAGCGGGACGGUGUUCGCCAGGAACACGAGGAGGGCUGCAGAGGUGUGGAUGGACGAGUUCAAGAACUUCUACUACGCUGCCGUCCCGUCCGCCAGGAACGUGCCGUACGGCAAUAUCCAGAGUCGCUUGGAGAUGAAGAAGAGACUGUCCUGUAAACCAUUCAAAUGGUACCUGGAGAAUGUCUACCCAGAACUACGGGUGCCUGACCAUCAGGAUAUUGCCUUUGGAGCCCUACAACAGGGUGGGAACUGCCUGGACACCCUCGGCCAUUUUGCUGAUGGGGUGGUGGGGGUCUAUGAGUGCCACAAUGCGGGAGGCAACCAGGAGUGGGCCCUCACCAAGGAUAAGUCUGUCAAACACAUGGACCUCUGCCUGACCGUGGUGGACCGGACCGCUGGGUCCCUUAUCAAGCUGCAGGGCUGCAGGGAAAACGACAGCAGACAGAAAUGGGAGCAGAUCGAGUCCAACUCCAAGUUGCGCCACGUGGGCAGCAACGUGUGCCUGGACAGCCGCUCGGCCCGCGCGGGGGGGCUCACCGUGGAGGUCUGCAGCCCCAGCCUCAACCAGCAGUGGAAGUUCACACUCAACCUGCAGUCGUAAACCCCACCCACCCCCACGCC